CCCCUAGGCGGCCAUGCUUUGCUCUCGUGUUGUUCCCUGUAACAUCAGUGCACGAGGCAGCGCUCGCAGAGACAGGGGAUGAGGCUCCAGCUGCAGCCGGUGGGAGGCAGAGUCAGCUCAGCAAUCUCAGCUCAAGAGUGAAAGGCAACAAUCGCAGCUUCUUCCCCUCCAGCUCUCGCUCAUACCCACAAUGCACAGAGUCUGACACCAAAAUAGAAAUCUGGGAGGCAGGUAACAUGGCGAUUGUCAGCGGCACCUCUGGCUGAACGCAUCUCCCGGGAGCGCUGGGUAUACUGACGGCUUCAGGCGACCGCCCUGUUCCUUGUACAUUACCGGAGCGAAGGUGAAGCAGCAUGGCAGCAUCCGAGCUGUACACAAAGCAUGCAAGGGUAUGGAUCCCUGACCCAGAGGAAGUAUGGAAAUCUGCAGAGAUCCUCAAGGACUACAAGCCGGGAGACACCAUUCUUCGGCUACGUCUGGAGGAAGGCACGGAUUUGGAAUACCAUCUUGAUGCCAAGACAAAGGAUCUCCCCCCUCUGAGAAACCCAGACAUCCUUGUGGGAGAGAAUGACCUCACUGCCCUGAGUUAUCUCCAUGAGCCAGCCAUUCUACACAAUUUGAAAGUACGGUUUAUAGACUCCAAACUUAUUUAUACUUACUGUGGCAUUGUUCUCGUAGCUAUAAACCCUUAUGAACAGUUGCCCAUCUAUGGCACAGACAUCAUUAAUGCGUACAGUGGGCAGAAUAUGGGGGACAUGGAUCCCCAUAUUUUUGCAGUGGCAGAAGAAGCAUAUAAACAAAUGGCCAGGGAUGAGCGCAAUCAGUCUAUUAUUGUAAGUGGAGAAUCUGGAGCUGGGAAAACUGUCUCUGCCAAGUAUGCCAUGAGAUACUUUGCAACAGUCAGUGGUUCUGCCAGUGAAACAAAUGUUGAAGAAAGAGUGUUGGCCUCCAAUCCCAUCAUGGAGUCUAUAGGUAAUGCUAAAACCACAAGGAAUGAUAACAGCAGUCGCUUUGGCAAAUACAUUGAAAUUGGCUUUGACAAACGCUACAGGAUUCUUGGUGCCCACAUGAGAACCUAUUUGCUGGAGAAAUCUAGAGUGGUGUUUCAGGCUGAAGAAGAGAGGAAUUAUCACAUCUUUUAUCAGCUGUGUGCAUCUGCUGCUUUGCCUGAGUUCAAGAUGCUUCGACUUGGCACUGCCAAUGAUUUCCACUAUACAAAGCAAGGAGGCAGUCCUGUGAUUGAUGGCGUUGAUGACCAGAAGGAAAUGAGAAACACAAGGCAAGCUUGCACCUUACUAGGAAUUGGAGAAUCAUCUCAAAUGGGAAUUUUUAGGAUUUUAGCUGCUAUACUUCACCUGGGGAAUGUGGAAAUUAAAUCUCGGGAUUCAGAUAGCUGCUUAAUUCCACCAAAACACUUACCCCUUAAUAUAUUUUGUGAUCUUAUGGGUGUGGAUUACGAAGAGAUGUCUCAUUGGCUGUGCCACAGGAAGCUGGUUACUGCUGCUGAGACCUACAUCAAGCCUAUUUCCAGGUUACAAGCCACAAAUGCCAGAGAUGCCCUGGCUAAGCACAUCUAUGCUUUCUUAUUUAACUGGAUUGUGUGUCAUGUCAACAAAGCUCUUCUUUCCUCAACUAAGCAGAAUUCGUUUAUUGGCGUCCUUGAUAUAUACGGGUUUGAAACAUUUGAAAUCAACAGCUUUGAACAGUUUUGUAUCAACUAUGCUAAUGAAAAACUCCAGCAACAGUUUAAUUUGCAUGUUUUUAAGUUGGAACAAGAAGAAUAUAUGAAGGAGCAAAUUCCAUGGACGUUAAUUGAUUUUUAUGAUAACCAACCUUGUAUCAAUCUCAUUGAAGCUAAAAUGGGUGUUCUGGAUCUUCUUGAUGAAGAAUGCAAGAUGCCCAAAGGGUCAGACAGCACAUGGGCACAGAAGUUAUACAAUACUCAUCUUAAGAAAUGUGCAUUAUUUGAAAAGCCACGUCUGUCUAAUGUGGCUUUUAUUAUCAAACACUUUGCAGACAAGGUAGAGUAUCAGUGUGAAGGUUUUCUGGAAAAGAACAAAGAUACAGUAUUUGAAGAACAAAUUAGAGUGCUGAAAGCAAGUAAGUUUACACUGCUAACAGAACUGUUCCAAGAAGAGGAGCAGAACUUGAGCCCUACUUCUUCUGCGCCACCCUCAGGCAGAACUUUGCUAUCCCGCACUGGGUUGCGCUCCCUGAAGCCCAAGCCUGACCAGACAAGCAAGGAGCAUAAAAAAACUGUCGGCCAUCAGUUCAGAAAUUCCCUUCACCUUCUAAUGGAGACUCUCAAUGCCACAACCCCACAUUAUGUGCGUUGCAUUAAGCCAAAUGACUUCAAGUACCCCUUCACAUUUGACUCUAAACGAGCAGUGCAGCAGCUUAGGGCUUGCGGUGUACUGGAAACCAUCCGAAUCAGCGCUGCUGGAUUUCCUUCUAGGUGGACAUAUCAGGAAUUUUUUAGCAGAUACCGUGUUUUAAUGAAGCAAAAAGAUGUUCUCAGUGAUUGGAAGCAAACCUGCAAAAAUGUUCUGGAGAAGCUUAUUUUGGACAAGGAUAAAUACCAGUUUGGUAAGACAAAGAUUUUCUUCCGUGCUGGUCAAGUGGCCUAUCUGGAAAAGAUCAGAGCAGACAAGCUGAGAAUGGCCUGUAUCCGAAUCCAGAAGACAAUCCGAUCAUGGCUUUUGAGGAAGAAAUAUUUGCGCAUGAAGAAAGCAGCCAUAACAAUCCAGAGAUAUGUUAGGGGAUACCAGGCACGAUGUUAUGCACAGUUUCUGCGUAGAACACGGGCUGCAAUUAUUAUCCAAAAAUUCCAAAGGAUGUACGUUGUUCGGCAGAAGUACCAGCAUAUACAGUCGUUUACUCUUGCUCUCCAGUCAUAUCUGCGUGGUUAUGCAGCAAGGAAGAGAUAUCAAGAGAUUCUUCGAGCUCACAAAGCUACCGUCAUUCAGAAGCAUGUGCGUGGCUGGUUAGCCCGUGUCACAUAUAAGAGAAGUUUAAGUGCUAUUCUGUACCUGCAGUGUUGUUACCGCAGGAUGAUGGCCAAAAGGGAACUGAAGAAACUAAAGAUAGAGGCACGCUCCGUGGAACACUACAAGAAACUCAACUAUGGGAUGGAGAACAAAAUCAUGCAGUUGCAGCGUAAAGUUGAUGAGCAGAAUAAAGACAACAAAUCCUUGCUGGAGAGGCUAACACACCUGGAGGUCACAUACAAUGCAGACAAAGAUAAGCUAAGAAAUGAUGUUGACAGACUGCUCCAUGUUGAAGAGGAGGCCAAAAAUGCAGCAAACAGAAUGGUCAGCUUGCAGGAUGAGCUUGCCAGGCUUAGGAAAGAGCUGCAGCAAACACAGACUGAAAAGAACCGCAUUGAAGAGCGGGCAGAGAAAUACCAGACAGAGACUGAACGGCUUGUUGCUGAGCUGAGAGAACAGAAUGCUUUGCUGAAGACUGAAAAAGAGAAACUGAAUCUUUUAAUCCAGGAGCAGGCAAAAAAAAUGACAGAGGAUAUGGAGAAGAAAAUUAUAGAAGAAACAAAGCAGUUGGAGCUUGAACUGAAUGAUGAACGACUACGGUACCAGAAUCUCCUCAAUGAGUACAGCCGCCUGGAGGAGCGAUACGAUGACCUGAAGGAUGAAAUGAAUACCAUGAGUCCUCCAAAGCCAGGACACAAGCGCAGAGACUCUACUCAUAGCAGCAAUGAAUCAGAAUACACUUUUAGCUCUGAGAUCACAGAGUCGGAAGAUUUCCCAUACCGAUAUGAGGAGCCUGCUGAUAGAAAAACACCACUGGACAUGUCUCUGUUCCUUAAGCUUCAGAAACGGGUAAAGGAACUUGAGCAGGAAAAGCAAGUAAUGCAAGAUGAUUUGGAUAAGAAGGAGGAACAGAUAAUACGAGCCAAAAUGAUGGAGGAGGCAAAGACACCAACCAGAGGUACAGAACUGGAGUAUGAAUCACUCAAGCGUCAGGAACUAGAAUCUGAGAACAAAAAGCUGAAGAAUGAUUUGAAUGAGCUGCGGAAGGCAAUCACUGAGAAAGCUUCCCCAGAUGCUAAAGGCCGUGGUGGAACUGUGUAUCAAGUUCUCUUGGAGCAGAUGACAUCAGUAAGUGAGGAACUUGAAGUGCGUAAGGAAGAAGUCCUUAUACUGAGGUCCCAGCUGGUGAGCCAAAUGGAAGCCAUUCCACACAAGGAUGACAAGGACACAAUGACUGAAUCUAUGGUUCUUUCCGAGGAUGUACAGAAGAUGAAGGAUAAGAGGGAAAUUGCCCAGGCAUAUACUGGCAUGAAGGAGACAAAUAGGGUUUUGGAGUCCCAGCUGCAAUCGCAGAAAAAGGCCUUUGAAAAUGAAGUGGAAGCUCUCAGAGGUGAGAUCCAGGCUCUAAAAGAGGAGAACAACCGGCAGCAGCAACUUUUAGCUCAGAACCUCCAACUGCCACCUGAAGCACGGAUUGAAGCCAGCUUGCAGCAUGAAAUCACCAGGCUUACCAACGAGAACUUGUUUUUUGAGGAGUUAUAUGCAGAUGAACCCAUGAAGUAUCAAUCGUACCGGAUCUCCCUGUACAGACGGAUCAUUGAUCUGAUGGAGCAACUUGAAAAGCAAGAUAAGACUGUCCGCAAACUGAAAAAGCAGUUGAAAGUCUUUGCCAAGAAAAUUGGGGAGCUGGAAGUGGGUCAAAUGGAAAAUGUUUCUCCUGGUCAGACAGUGGAUGAACCCAUUCGUCCUGUUAAUAUUCCACGCAAAGAGAAGGACUUCCAAGGAAUGCUGGAAUAUAAGAAAGAGGAUGAAGCAAAGCUCGUCAAGAACCUCAUUUUAGAACUGAAGCCUCGUGGUGUAGCAGUCAACCUUAUUCCAGGUCUGCCAGCAUAUGUUUUGUUCAUGUGUUUGCGUCAUGCCGAUUACCUCAACGAUGAUCAGAAAGUUCGCUCCUUGCUUACUUCAACUAUUAAUGGUAUCAAGAAAAUCUUAAAGAAACGAGGAGAUGAUUUUGAAACUGUGUCCUUCUGGCUGUCCAAUACGUGCCGGUUCCUCCAUUGCUUGAAGCAAUACAGUGGAGAAGAGGGAUUUAUGAAGCACAACUCCUCACGGCAGAAUGAGCACUGUCUGUCCAACUUUGACCUCGCUGAAUACAGACAAGUCUUGAGUGACCUGGCCAUUCAGAUUUACCAGCAGUUGGUCAGAGUGUUGGAAAACAUCUUACAGCCAAUGAUUGUUUCAGGAAUGCUGGAGCACGAGACUAUUCAGGGUAUGUCUGGAAUCAAGCCUACCGGGCUGCGGAAGAGAACUUCCAGUAUAGCAGAUGAGGGAACCUACACAUUAGACUCCAUUGUCAGACAGCUUAAUACCUUCCAUUCCAUAAUGUGUCAGCAUGGGAUGGAUCCUGAACUUAUCAAGCAGGUGGUCAAACAGAUGUUCUACAUCAUUGGUGCCGUCACACUCAACAACUUGCUCUUGCGAAAGGAUAUGUGCUCUUGGAGCAAAGGCAUGCAGAUAAGGUACAAUGUGAGCCAGUUGGAAGAAUGGCUGCGUGACAAGAACCUGAUAAAUAGCAGCGCUAAAGAAACACUGGAGCCAUUAAUUCAAGCUGCUCAGUUACUGCAGGUGAAAAAGAAAACCGAUGAAGAUGCAGAAGCCAUUUGCUCCAUGUGCAAUGCUCUGUCUACUGCCCAGAUUGUCAAGGUGUUGAACCUCUACACUCCAGUCAAUGAGUUUGAAGAGAGGGUGUUGGUAUCAUUUAUAAGGAAUAUACAGAUACGUUUAAGGGAUAGGAAGGAAUCCCCUCAGCUGCUAAUGGAUGCUAAGCAUAUCUUCCCCGUCACGUUCCCUUUCAACCCUUCCUCGCUUGCCCUAGAAACAAUUCAGAUUCCUGGCAGCCUUGGCCUUGGCUUCCUCACACGUGUCUAAGAUAUAUAUAGAUAUGCACUGCUUGCUACCGAAGUAUCAUUCAUCUGAACCCCACUUGGAUGCAGCUGUAUAUUUGCAACCUAUGACCGUGGAGAAACUGGAGGAAAUAUCUCACCUUGCACCACUCAUUAAGAUUGUCUAUACACUUACAGAGUCAUGGUUUUAAAUUGUCUUUAACCUCAAAGUCCCUUUUUGCGUUAUUAGUCCUGUUGUUAUUUAAGGUCUGUUAGACAUUCCUUUACUGGCAGGACCCAAAACAAUAAUACUGGAGCAUGGGAGACAGAUAUUUCUGCAUGGACCAUAUAAAUAAGGAGGGAGAACAUGGUGUAUUUUUUUUUUUAAGUUUGGUAGAGUAUUUAGCCCACUGUUCAGUGGAUCAGUAUGGGCUCAGGUGUAUAAUAUGCAAACAGUCACCAAUAGUCAAACUACAUUAUUAUUUAUGUCUGUUGGAAAACUAUAAAAAGACAAGUAUUAAGGACAGUUGUGUAAUGUAGAUGUUCAUUUGUUAGCACUGUGGUUUAUUCUGCAUAUUCAAUUGCUGCUGUGUAAUGUGUUCUUCUCUUGUGAACAUAUCUGUGUUAGGCACUACAAGCAUAGUCAUCUCUGUUCCCCCCAGUUUACAGUCCCAUGUCAUCUGUUUUAUAGUGCAAGUCAUCUAUAUAUAUACUACAGAAUAUUUUUCCUUUAAGAUAAAAGAGGCACUUUAAGCACAUACAUCUCAGUGAUAAACAAACGUCUUAUGAGUAAAAUAAAGAGAGCCUUAAAGAA